AUGUCUUCGCCAAUGGUAAAACAAGGGCCACCAUACCCGCCUACAACAUGGCCAUUAGGUGGGCCUCCAAUAAAGGGCGUCGACGUCCCCGUUCAAUCAGCCUUCUUCUUCCUCUUCCUGGUCGGAGCAGCCAUCCACAUGAGCAUAUUCCAAAAGAAUAAGGCAAGAGGCCACAAGUUCCUGCCAAGCCUGUUCAUAUUCGGUUUCUGCAUGGCACGCAAUGUAACAUCAAUUCUGCGAAUCGCAUCAGUAUGCCUCCCUCAUAAUCUCCGACUUGCCAUUGCAGCACAGAUCUUCGUCGCGGCAGGUGUUCUUAUCCUCUUCAUCAUCAACCUCAUCUUUACAAUGCGACUGGUCCGGUCCACACAUCCGUCGGUCGGCUGGCAUCCUAUAUUUUCUAUGGCUUUUGUGGUUAUUUGCGUCAUCAUUGCUGGGACACUUGUCAUCGUCAUUGUCGGCACGGUGCAAAGCUUCUACACCCUCGACACCAAUACGAGAUCUUUGGACCGCGAUUUCCAACUGUACGGCACAACAUUCUUCGCCAUCAUCGCCACGCUACCACUUCCAAUAACGCUGCUCUCGCUCGUCGUCCGCCACCCACCUCAUGAGCGCUUUGGAGCCGGUCGUCUACGCACAAAAGUCACCGUCCUACUCGUGAGCACAACGCUUCUUUCCCUCGGCGCAUGGUACCGCUGUGGUGCCUUGUGGCAUUCCCCCGUACCACGAUCCCACCCACUCCCUGGAUUUCUGAGCAAAGCUCCGUUUUACGUCUUCAACUUCCUAGUCGAGAUUAUAACUGUGUACAUGUACGCUAUCGCGCGGGUAGAUUUGCAGUGGCAUAUCCCCAACGGCGCGAAAGGGCCAGGCUCCUACUCUGGCUCACAGCAGUAUGACCCCUCCCACCAAAGUCUCUCAACGACACGGAUAAUCCUCCCAAUAAGGCUCCAAAUCGCUCAGUUCUCCUCUUCACAAAACAGGCGACGCCUCGCUGUGCCACGGGAACAGCGUUGGGUAGAGACACGGGCGGCACCAAACCCUCCGAAUACGUAG